AUGUUAUCCGCUUUCGUUUCUCAACAACGUUCCAUUUAUUUUCCUCUUCCUUCGACUGCUUUUGCUUUUCAUUAUUUUUCUUCAUUAUGUCAUUUUUUUUUCUUUCCUAUUCAUUCCGCUGUUCAUUUGGUUGGUUGUUCUUGUUUUUUGUCCCUUUCUCUUAAAACUUUCUCGUUUUCUUCUUUAUAUUCUUCAUUUCACCUUCUUCUCUCUCUCUUAUAUAUAAACCUUUUGCCAUGCACCCUUUUUCUUCUUCUUCCUCUCUUUCUUCUUCCUCUUCUUCUUCUUCUUCCUCCUCCUUCUUCUUCUUGCUUCUUCUUCUUCCUCCUCCUCCUUCUUCUUCUUCUUGCUUCUUCUUCUUCCUCCUCCUCCUCCACCUCCUCCUCCUCCUUCUUCUUCUUCUUUCUCCUCCUCCUUCUUCUUCUUCUUUCUCCUCCUCUUCUUCUUCUUCUUCCUUCUUCCUCCUCCUCAUCCUUCUUCUUCUUCCUCUUCCUCCUCCUCUUCUUCUUCUCCAUCUUCCUCCUCCUCAUCCUUCUUCCUCUUCCUCCUCCUCUUCUUCUUCUUCUUCCUUCUCCUCCUUCUUCUUCUUCUUCUGAUCUUCAUUUCUUUUUUUCUCUCUGA